UCAUCCAGGCUUCCAACUUUCAAGACUCAUGCGUUUUCUGCACUUCAUCCUCGACGUUAUAUCGGAUGACGCGGUGUUGAUGAUAGCACACGACCAGUGAUUUGCGCAUCUCCUCCCUUCCACCCCUCGCAACGAAUUUCAUCCCCAACACAGCUGGCCGAAACAUCCACCCUCCAUCCCCACCAGCCAUCAUGGCUCUAAUCGAAACCUCCCUCAUCUGGGUCACCUACGCGAUCUGCCUCGCCAUCCUCUCCUUCGUCGCCGGCAUCUUCGUCUUCGUCUACCAGAAGCCCUCCGAGCGCUCCGCGGGCGUGACGAUAGUAUGCUUCAUCAGCAUCCUCGCCCUGCUCGCAACAGUCCUGCUGAUGCCCGUGGACAUUGCCCUCGUCUCCUCCACCACGAGCCGGAAGCUGGGCGCGAAGAAAGAUUGGGCCACGCCGGAUGCGGUGAAUGCCAUCCUCUACCAGCUGAAGAUUGUCUACUACACCCUGUACAGCCUGGAUGCCGUGCUGUGUCUGCUGGUUGUUCCCUUUACCUACUUUUGGUAUGAAGAGUACGAUGAGGUGGCAUCCGAGGAAGGCACGCAGAGCUUUGGGAGUCGACUGUGGGGUGCUUUCAAGUAUACUAUUGCCUUCAUCCUGCUGUGUGUCAUCCUCUUCUUGGUGGGCUUCUUCGUGCCGGUUGCCAAGAAGGCAAGAGAUGGAAACAAGGAUUUGGACUACUUCAAGGACUUGCUGACUGAGAACCAUGGCGAACGAGCUCUGACAUUCUCCGUUGGCGUCCUCAUCCUGCUCGGAACCCUUCUGUACUGCGUGUAUACUGCACCCGGCUUGGCCCUGCUUCCAGCGACACUCAUCAAAUCCGCACCAAGAGUCUCCGCCCCACAAUUGGCCGCAUCCACCUCCAGUCAGCUGGCUCAGAACCGCGAACGCCAACAACAGCUCGAAGGUCGCAAUGAAGGCCGCGAUGGCGGACUCGACGCCCGUGACAGACGCGAGCUGGAGGCUUUGGUGCGUGAAGAACGUACACUUGUACGCCGCGAGCGUCUGGCCGCAGAAAACGCUGGCGAAGGCCACAAUUUCCUCAUCCGUGCCUGGGUUAAGACUCAAGCGAUCUUCCGACCGCUCAAACUCAUCGGAGGCCUUCUACUGCUCGUCGUCGUUCUCGUCAUCUUCGCCAGCAUGCUCAUCACAUGCAUUGAUAAAGUCAAAAACUCCGUCUGCAAGACCAACUGCGGCUAUCUCCUCGGCGAAACACAAAUCUUCAACCCCAUCAACUGGCUCAUGACAGUCACCAGCAAAGUCUUCCCCGUCGACUACAUCAUCUUCCUCCUCAUCACGCUGCUCUUCUUCUCCGCCAGCGUGGUGGGGAUGGCCACGAUCGGCAUCCGCUUCUUGUGGGUGACGCUAUUCAAGAUCCGCACCGGCCAGACCACGCCCAACGCACUGCUCAUGGCCACGGUGCUCCUCAUCCUCAUGGUCUUCGCCCUCAACUACUCCCUCGCCAUGAUCGUCGCGCCGCAAUACGCCACAUUUGGUCCGCAGACAUACUGCGAUCGCCCAUCGCAUCAUCCCGACCAGCAGCCCGACUGCACCAACCACAAAAACGCCAUCAAGCCCUGUUCCGAGCGAUCCGACAACCCCGUCGCGAACAUGGUGUGCACGCCGAGUGUCGUCUCGACAUUUAUCAAUCGCAUCACGGUCAAUUUCCCGUUCUUGGGAGUAGUGGAUUUCUAUGCACAAUUCGCGUUCUUGGGCAUCUUCAUGAUUGUCUUUAUCGUGAUGCUCUUCAGGGUGCCGAAGCUGGAUGAAGAGCAGAUGGAUGACGAUCUGAGGGAGGCGGAGGAGGAAGGGCUGCUGGCUAGCACGGGCAGACGGUUCGGGGCUACUUGGCAGGACAUCACGGGGCAGGCUAAGGGGGUCAGGAGAGCGGGUUAUGGCGCUGUUGACGGCGAGAGUGCGCAGAGGCGCGACGACUAGUCAUGGUCGAGACGUACGGUAUCAGGGCGGCGCGAUGGUGGGUUCAAGGUGUUGUGGCGGUUACAAAUUGUCAUGAAGUAUGAAUGCACGCAAAAAAAGA